AUAUUGAAUCCUGACUUAACCACCCACAAUGGCUACACAUCUCAACUUCGUCACCCUCGACGUCUUCACCACCACACCGUUCAAGGGCAACCCCCUGGGCGUUGUCCACCUCCCUCCUGGGGCUCCGCUCUCUCAGGUCCAGAAACAGACCAUCGCCCAAGAAUUCAACCUCUCAGAAACAGUUUUCAUACACGAUGUUGACCCAAGCAACGACUCCGAUCCGCACACCCGUCGCGUCGACAUUUUCACUACGACCACGGAGCUCCCCUUUGCCGGCCAUCCCACCAUCGGCACGGCCAGCUACCUCCAGGCGCAGGGGAUCAACAAGCUCAUCACCAAGGCUGGCCCUAUUCCCAUCCGCUCCAAUGCAGAAGACGGGCUCGUUAGCGCUGCGAUUCCGCACGACACCCAUCUCAACUCGAGGGUACUCGGCGACAUCGAGUCGACCCUCCGUGCGGACCGCCUGCAUUCCACGCCUGAGAUUCGCUCCGCAGAGCUUCAAGCGCCUAUUUUCAGCAUCGUGAAGGGUAUGACCUUUGCUCUUGUUCCCCUCCCGGGUCUGGAUCUGCUAUCUCAGGUCUACCCAGGCGGCUUCCCUUGUGCGGUGCGCGACCUGGUUGAUGUAGAGUGGAGCGAGACCUUCAUCGGUCGGUACUAUUAUGUCAUUGUAGGGACGAGUGUCUCAGACUCAGGCGUAAGGACGGUUCAGCUGAGAACGAGGAUGGUGGAGGAUCAGAUAGAAGAUCCGGCCACAGGGUCAGCGGCGUGUGCAUUGACAAGCUAUCUUGCACUUCAUCAGUAUAGCGAGACAAUAAUCCAGUUUCAAGUGACGCAGGGCGUUGAGAUGGGACGGCAGAGUGAUAUUGAAGUCGAAGUUAGGCUAGAUGUUGGAGAGGACGGGGCGAGAAGGGUGAGAGAGGUACAGCUUGGGGGCAAGGCCAGACAAAUCAUGAAGGGAAGUAUUCUUAUACCUUCUGUUUGAGCAAUAUGAGCGAUUUUAGUCUUCCCCUUCGUGGUUCAAGCCUUUUGUAGAGUUUCCUAACAGCGGCCAGGUUAGUCCCUCACAAAGGCUGGUAAACCUCAAUGUACAGCUCUACUCCACAUGUAUUGGUCGAACAUCUAUUUCAUACGAAAAAUUGAUAUAAAUCAAUAUUAUUCCAAACUAAAUCCAUAGUAACUUUAGUCGACCCUAGCUGUACAGUUAUAUAAUAUAUCGUUUAAUAAUGAUUAAUAAACCUACGUCUUCCUGAUGGAAGGCUGUGGACCUGAAAAUGUCAGCAUGGAAGAUACAGGAUCUUGCUCAAUUUCCAGCCUAGUUCGAUGCAGA